UGUUUAUCUUCACCGGAAGUGGAAAAUUAGCGGAAAUGAUUUCUUAUUAUAGUUGAACAUUUAAUGUUUCUACCAGAGUCAUGGCUCUGGUUCCGUAUGUAGAGAAUGUGGUGCCAGCGCUUUCCAAACUCCAAAACUCAUCAUCGCGUUUUUAUUUCGCCAGCCAUGAGAUCAACAUAGCCCAGGAUUGGAGGAAACUUGGAGUAGCAGCAGUUGUGUGGGAUGCGGCCGUUGUGUUGUGUAUGUACUUGGAGCUGGGUCAUGUGGAUCUCAAGGGAAAAGUGUCCAUUGAGCUGGGAGCCGGCACCGGACUCGUGGGCAUCGUUGCAGCCCUGUUAGGUGCCAAAGUGACCGUCACUGACAGAAAGUGUGCUCUGGACUUCCUUUCUUCCAAUGUCAAAUCCAACCUGCCACCUGACCUCCGGGAAUCUGUGGUGGUGUCUGAACUGUCUUGGGGCGAGGGGCUGGCCCGCUUCCCAGCUGGGGGCUUCGAUCUAGUCUUGGGAGCAGACAUUGUUUACCUGGAGGACACGUUUGUGCCGCUGAUAGAGACACUUGAGCACUUAUGUGCGGAUUCCACCGUGGUGCUGCUGGCUUGCAGGAUCCGCUACGAACGAGAUAGCGAUUUUUUAAAUAUGCUGAAGGAGCGGUUCACCGUCGAGGAGGUUCACUAUGACAACGACAAGGACAUUCAUAUAUAUAAAGCUCAGAAGCGUCGACCCAGGAGUGAUUUAUGAUUACUUGAAAUAAAUGUAUUAUUUUGAAAUCCAAGCUUAUCAGAAACACUUUUAUUAACAGCUGCCGAAAUGUAACAGCUCUAACGUAAUGUAUCAUACAAGUUGGUGCAGACAUUAAGAAAAUAAAUGAAAAGCCAGAUGAAAUAUAACAAAGUCUCAUUAUACAUUAUAGCUAAAAAGAAAAUAGCCUUCUCGGCUGGGUGCGCUAGCAGAAUGUUUGACCAACAACAGUCAACUACCAUGUGCAACACACCUUAUGGUCUGAUCUGAAUAUUAAAAUAACACCCCCCUCCCUAAAAAA